CAAGACAAGAAGAGUUUCGACUGCAACAACUGAUCACUUCUCUCGUCUUUGGAUCUCCCACCUCGCAUUCCCACUCCCAGUUUCGGCAUAGCUAUGGCGGAUCAGAAGCCAGAGAUCUUCGAGCUCAGCAAUGGCUCCAUGCAGGUCAUGAUCUCCAACUACGGCGCCACCAUCACCUCCCUCUCUGUCCCCGACAAGAACGGGAAAUUGGCCGACGUUGUUCUCGGAUUUGAUUCCGUCGAUCCAUACGUGAAAGGGCUUGCACCGUACUUUGGGUGCAUCGUCGGUAGGGUUGCAAAUCGGAUAAAGGAAGGAAAGUUUGUUCUGAACGGAGUCCUAUACACUUUGCCUAUCAACAAACCCCCCAACAGCCUCCACGGCGGUAACAAGGGUUUCGAUAAGAAGGUAUGGGAUGUUGUGGAGCACAAGAAAGACGGUGAAAAGCCUUCCAUAACUUUCAAGUACUUCAGCGCUGACGGCGAAGAAGGGUACCCGGGAGCAGUGACUGUGACGGCCACAUACACACUGACAUCAGCCACAACAGUAAGACUGGACAUGGAGGCAGUUCCAGAGAACAAAGCCACUCCCAUCAGCUUAGCCCAACACACCUACUGGAACUUGGCAGGCCACGACUCUGGCGACAUUCUCAACCAUCGGAUCCAGAUAUGGGCCUCCCACAUCACUCCCGUCGAUGACAACACUGUCCCGACGGGGGAGAUCAUGCCAGUGAAGGGCACUCCCUUCGACUUCACACAGGAAAAACGUAUAGGAGAGUCGAUAGGAGAGGUAGGCAUAGGGUAUGACCACAACUACGUGUUGGACUGUUCUGAUAAGGAGAAGGAUGGGCUAAAACACGCCGCCAUGCUCAAGGACCCCACGAGCUCACGGACUCUGAACCUUUGGACGAAUGCUCCAGGGAUGCAGUUCUACACGGGUAACUACGUGGAUGGGGUUAACGGGAAAGGAGGAGCAGUCUACGGGAAGCACGCGGGGGUGUGCAUGGAGACGCAGGGGUUCCCCAACGCCAUCAACCAGAGGAACUUCCCCUCCAUCGUGGUCCAGCCAGGUCACAAGCACGUCCACUCUAUGCUCUUCGACUUCUCCACCGAGUGAACCAACCCCCCGUGGUAAUAAAGGUCUGUUUUCUUUGAGUUUUAGAUCUGGUCGGAUAUUAAAUAAAAACAUUAAUAUUUUUACUUUAUCUAUCAUACACAUGAUAUGAAGAAGCUCGUUCCUAAAA